AUCAGAUCAAGACAUGACAGUGACACGACACGAAGAGUCGGUCUGUGAAUUGGGUCUGAAAUCCGGCUUCCCAAAGAUAUAAAGGUUCCACUCCCUGCAUCGAUUCUACAGUUCAACACCCCAAGUAACACACUCUUACCGAUCUAGCCACCAUGAAGCUCGCUUUGUCUUGUGCUUUUUUUGCCAUCGCUUUGGUACAGAUGACGGCAGCGGCACCCGUCGUCGACAACAGCCUGGAGCAGAACCUCGAAUCUCGUCUCAUCAGACUCUAUUUGUUUGACCCCGAAUCUGAUGAAGUCGUCGAGAAGCGCGCUGAGCAGAACCUCGAAGCUCGUAGUCAACCAUAUGACUUUGCUGAGGACUCUUGAUGUCGGAGAUGUUAAUCUCGACUAAAAGGCUCGGCGUUGUGAAUCCCGGCAGUCAGUGGAGUUGAUUUUCCACAGCCCAAAUCAGUCUAGUAACUGUGUUUAUCAACAUGUACCAUCACUAUAACCCACAGUUUAUCUUGUGUUUGUCUUCUUGAUUUAGCUGACCUGUAGAGUACCAACAAGUAGAUCUUGUCCUCUGAUCUUUCGAAUGCGUCAUCCACGUCUUUGUUCAUUGUCUAGGUAUCUUCAACGCUGAGCUACGUACUUUAUUGAGUGGCUUAAAGCGGCUUAGUCACGGUUCUCGCGCAAUCGAUAUCGAUAUCCUUAGCGCAAUUCGUACUUUGGAGAGGCGUAAAUUG